AUAUAGGAGUCAGAUAAGAAGCGAAGCCUAGUUACCGAACUAAUUUACGGCGUUCUUAUCUUUAUUUGCACACAAUUCUGUUAGAGUCCAGUAGUCUAUAGUCUGACAAUGGCGAUGUUACAUUGUAUUUUUGUCUUUGGGUUCGUUUGGCUGUCCAAUGCCCAAACUACAGUUUCCAGUACAAACGGAACAGAAGGAUGUGACCAUAACAAAGCAGAUAUCAUUUUCCUCUUGGAUGCCUCCUAUAGCGAAGGCUCGGCUAACUUCAAGAAACAGCUUGACUUUGUUAGUAACUUUACCAAUGGAUAUGAUAUAGGGCCAGACAAGGUGCAAAUUGGUGUUGUAACAUUUGCAUCAUCUCCACAUAAUGCUUUCUACUUGAACACGUACAAUGAUAAGCCUUCGCUUGUCAAUGGUAUCCAGAAUGUACCUUACAAAUCAGGUGGAACCUCUACGGACGAUGCUCUGAAGUACGUACGAACAGUUAGUUUUACAUCCGCCCAUGGAGGCCGAUAUGGUGUGCCAAAAAUAUUGGUUGUCAUGACAGACGGACAAUCUAGUGACCCAACUGGUACAGCAACUGAAGCUAGAAUUAUACAUUAUUCUAAUAUCAAGGUUAUAGCCAUUGGUAUAGGUAGCGGCGUACAGAGCAAGGAAUUGAACGCUAUUGCCACAGACAGUCAACAUGCCUUUACUGUACCAUCAUUUGAUUCAUUACAGACUAUAGAGAAGGAAAUUCAGACAGCGACCUGUGUAUCAGAGAAAAUUG